GUCCCUGAUCUUCUCUCUCAAUAUAACUUUAUUGCUCCCGACCUUCUCUUCCGCUGUAACUUUAUUGUGCCUGACCUUCUCUCUCGAUAAAACUUUAUUGCUCCGACCUUCUCCUCCGCUGUAACUUUAUUGUGCCUGACCUUCUCUCUCGAUAAAACUUUAUUGUGCCUGACCUUCUCUCUCGAUAAAACUUUAUUGCGCGGCCGCUGCUGCUUGCCGGGCCGAUGGCGGCGGCCGAGCCGGAGCCCGACACCGACCCCGAGGGGAGGAAGCGACGCGCCCACGGGAUGCUGAAGCUUUAUUACGGGCUGAGUGAGGGCGGCGGGCGGCAGCCGAGCUCCCGGGACCCGUUGGACCCCGCCGACAUCGACGGGGCCCACUUUGAUCCCGAGGUUUACCUGAACAAGCUGAGGAGUGAGAGCACGCUGGCGGAGCUGAUGGACAGUGAGACCGAGAUGGUGAAGCAGAUCCGGGCACUCGACAGCGACAUGCAGACGUUGGUCUACGAGAACUACAACAAGUUCAUAUCGGCUACAGGUAGGGGCCGGCAGCGAGUGAGCGAUACACCCCUCGCACAGAUGGGAGCAUUUCUGAGGAAAGGAGCAGGGAACUAGUCAGAAUAAGGUGCG